AUAUGACUUGCUUCCGUCUUCAUACAUCUGACGCGAUGGCUCUCUUGUACUUAGAAAGUUUUUGCGUCUUCCUGAUUUUGUUAAGUAGCUGCAGCUCUCGGUUAAUCCAGAAUGCUUCGACACCGAACAUAAUUAUCAUGCUGAUGGAUGACAUGGGUUGGGGUGAUCUAGGAGUAUUUGGCCAGCCUUCGAAGGAAACUCCAAAUUUGGACCAAAUGGCAGCUGAAGGAAUGCUCUUUCCUAGUUUCUAUACAGCAAAUCCUCUUUGCUCUCCUUCCAGAGCUGCUCUGCUAACUGGUCGUUUGCCAAUACGAAAUGGAUUCUAUACUACAAAUGCUCAUGCAAGGAAUGGAUAUACUCCUCAGGAAAUUAUGGGAGGGAUCCCAGAAAAUGAGAUUCUCAUUCCAGAAAUGCUUAAGAAAGCUGGCUAUGUCAACAAAAUCAUUGGAAAAUGGCAUUUAGGUCAUCAACCUCAGUUUCUUCCCCUACGUCAUGGAUUCGACGAGUGGUUUGGUUCUCCAAACUGCCAUUUUGGACCCUAUAAUAAUACAUUCAAACCUAACAUCCCUGUAUACAACAACUCUCAAAUGGUGGGAAGGUAUUAUGAAGAUUUCAAGAUAGACUUAAAAGAUGGAAAAUCAAAUCUUACACAGAUAUAUCUUGAGGAGGCUUUAAGCUUCAUUCGCAGACAGAGUGACCCAAAGCCCUUUUUUCUGUAUUGGGCUAUUGAUUCCACUCAUGCUCCAGUGUAUUCUUCAGAGUUGUUCCAUGGUAAAAGCAAGAGGGGGAGAUAUGGGGAUGCAGUUAUGGAAAUUGACUACAGUGUGGGGAAGAUUUUACAGGAGCUCAAAUCUCUGGGAAUUGCUGAAAACACUUUUGUAUUUUUCACUUCUGAUAAUGGAGCUGCUCUGAUUUCAGCCCCUAAACAAGGUGGCAGUAAUGGCCCUUUUUUGUGCGGGAAACAGACAACAUUUGAAGGAGGAAUGAGAGUUCCAGCAAUAGCAUGGUGGCCUGAACACAUCAAACCUGGACAGGUCAGUUACCAGCUUGGAAAUGUAAUGGACCUUUUCACUACCAGUUUAUCUUUAGCUGGACUCGAAGUGCCCAAAGAUUGGAUUGUUGACGGCAUAGAUUUGACUCCAACUUUUAAGACAAACACAGUCAUUGAGAGGCCAAUAUUCUAUUACCGUGGCAAUGAGUUGAUGGCAGUGAGGGUGGGGAUGUACAAGGCUCACUACUGGACAUGGAGCAACUCCUGGGAAGAGCUUCAAAUGGGUAUUGAUUUUUGUCCAGGUCAAAAUGUCACUGGAGUGACCACUCACACUCAGGAAGAACACUCUAUGCAACCACUCUUGUUUCACCUGGGUCAGGAUCCAGGAGAGAAGUACCCACUUAGUGUCCUAACAUCAGAAUACCAGAAAGAGCUUGUUCGCAUCUCCUCAGUGGUGGAGCAGCAUAGGAAAUACCUUAUACCAGGACUGCCUCAACUCAACAUGUGUGAUAGAGCAGUGAUGAACUGGGCCCCUCCAGGAUGUGAGGCAUUAGGAAAAUGUCUGACACCUCCCAAAUCGGAACCCUGGAAAUGUGUUUGGCCACAUUGAUGACUGAUGCAUCUACAGCUAUUCAGAGGUCUAUCUAGACUAAUGAUGUCUGUCUUGUAAUAAAUAUAACAUUGUAUGCAUGCUACUGAUUAAAUGUGAGUUGUAAUUUAUUUUACUGUAUAUUACAUUUAGUUAUGAAAGAUUAAAUGAGAAUUAAAUGCUUUUUUUUAA